AUGAAUGUCGCACGAGCUGAUCAUACAGCAUCCGUAUUACAAAAUGGAAAAGUAUUAGUUUCUGGUGGAUGGAAUGAUGAUGGUGCUCUCAAUAGUGCUGAACUAUUUGAUCCAACAACAGGUAAUUGGACAACUACUGGAAGCAUGAGUGUUGCACGAUAUCAUCAUACAGCAUCCGUACUAGGAAAUGGAAAAGUAUUAGUUACUGGUGGAUGGGAUGAUAAUGGUUUUUUAAAUAGUGCUGAGUUAUAUGAUCCAGAAACAGGCAACUGGACAACUAUCGUAAGCAUGAAUGUUGCACGAGCAUAUCAUACAGCAUCCGUAUUACAAAAUGGAAUAGUAUUAGUUACUGGCGGAUAUAACAGUUAUGGUUAUCUCAAUAGUGCUGAGUUAUAUGACCCAGAAACAGGCAAUUGGACAACUAUCGCAAGUAUGAGUGUUGCACGAUAUUCUCAUACAGCAUCCGUAUUACAAAAUGGAAAAGUAUUAGUUACUGGUGGAAGGGAUGAUAAUAGUAUUCUCAAUAGUGCUGAAUUAUAUGACCCAGAAACAGGUAGCUGGACAACUACAGGAAACAUGAAUGUCGCACGAGCUGAUCAUACAGUAUCCGUAUUACAAAAUGGAAAAGUAUUAGUUGCUGGUGGAGAAGAUGAUAGUGGUAUUUUCCUUAGUAUUUUUAAUAGUGCUGAGUUAUAUGAUCCAGAAACAGGCAACUGGACAACUAUCGUAAGCAUGAAUGUUGCACGAGCAUAUCAUACAGCAUCCGUAUUACAAAAUGGAAAAGUAUUAGUUACUGGUGGAAGGGAUGAUAAUGGUAUUCUCAAUAGUGCUGAGUUAUAUGAUCCAGAAACAGGCAAUUGGACAACUAUCGCAAGCAUGAGUGUUGCACGAUAUUCUCAUACAGCAUCCGUAUUACAAAAUGGAAAAGUAUUAGUUACUGAUGGACUGAAUGAUGGUGGUUUUCUCAAUAGUGCUGAGUUAUAUUGA